AUGUGCUGCUCCCCUUGCUGCCAGCCCAGCUGCUGCAGGCCCACCUGCUGUGGGUCCAGCUGUGGGUCCUGCUGCUGCCAGCCUUGCUGCCGCCCCUGUUGUGUGUCCAGCUGCUGCCAGCCUUGCUGCCGCCCAACCUGCUGUCAGACCACCUGCUGCCGCCCCUGCUGUCCUUGCUGCCGUCCAUGCUGUGUGUCCAGCUGCUGCCAGCCUUGCUGCCGUCCAUGCUGUGGAUCCAGCUGCUGCCAGCCUUGCUGCCGCCCAUGCUGUGUGUCCAGCUGCUGCCAGCCUUGCUGCAGCCCAUGCUGUGGAUCCAGCUGCUGCCAGCCUUGCUGCCGCCCAUGCUGUGUGUCCAGCUGCUGCCAGCCUUGCUGCCGCCCAUGCUGUGGAUCCAGCUGCUGCCAGCCUUGCUGCCGCCCAACCUGCUGUCAGACCACCUGCUGUAAAACCACCUGCUGCCGACCCAGCUGCUGCUGCCGCCCUUGCUGUGUGUCCAGCUGCUGCCAGCCUUCCUGCUGCUGCUGA